AUGACAUCAAUAGCGCGGGCGCAUCAUCAAAAUAAAGAGGUGGAUUUUGUACGAGUAAAACCAAAGGAUCAAGUCCCAAUUACUACAUUUUGGUCUACUUUAGAACCUUACUUUCGUAAUUUAACAGAAGAGGAUCGUAAUUUUCUAUUACAAAAGUCAGAUCAAGGAAAGCCCUAUUUGAUUCCUCCAUUGGGACGUCAUUAUUUAGAAAAAUGGGCAGAGGAAGAAGAGGAGUUAUCAUUGAAAAUAACAACAAAACCUAUGCAGCAUGAGGAAAGACCAGCAGAAGAAGGGAGUAGCUUAACAGAGAGACUUAUUUCAAGCUUAGUGAUUGAAAAUAUUAUGGAUUAUGAACAAUUAAAUGAAGAUGAAGAUGAGGAAAUAGGAGAUGAAAAUAGGAUCACGCCUAUUGAUCCAAUGAUAGAAAAGAAAUAUAAUGCAAAGACAGUAGUAGAGAUGUCAAUAGAUCCAACAGAAGAAAUUGUUAGUUUUGAAGAAAGAUUAAAACGCGAACUUCGAUAUGCAGGAUUAUUUGGUGAUGAAGAUGUUGACUGGAAUGCUAAAGAGGAUGAUGAGAUUUGUGCAGAGCUUCGCGCUUUAGGACAUGAAUAUAAAGAACAAGUAAAAAUAAACGAAUAUCGUAAAAAAAGGCUAUUAGAAGUAGUAGACUGUCAAUUACAAUAUGAACAAUAUCGACAGGUAUUAGAUACAUUAGAUAGUCAAGUUGAACAAGGUUAUUUAAAGAGAUUUCGACCGCAAAAAUCUAAAAAACGUAAAUCAACAGGACCAAAAGCUACAUUAUCUGAAAAUACACUUUAUGUUAUGGAAAAACGUAAAACAUGGAUCAAUGCUCUUAGUCACAUUUUUAAAGAUAAAAAUAUGACAAUGCCAUCUUCUUCAAUUUAUGAUUUACUACCAGAAGAUGAUAAUAAUACAUCCAUUUAA